AUGUACCCUCAAACACAAUUCUACCUUUUUAUUUUCCUUAUUAAUUUUAGAAAUAAAAAAAUUAGUGGUUGUAAUUAUUUUCUGAUGAUUUUAAUUACUUUAACUUUGGAUAUUUUAUUUCAAUUAUCUCAGUAUUUUUUUAUUAUGCCGUAUAUUGGAGGAGGUAUCGAACCAGUAAAUGAAAUUAAUGAUUAUUGGAAUUUCAUCUUAGUUGGAUAUAAUGCUACUGUAAAUUUUUUUGCUAAUUUUGUUAAUAGGGAUUCAGAGGCAAAACACCAUCUUCCUUACAAUAUACCGUCCAGAGAAAAAUCUGUCGAGAUUAGUCAAAUAGAAUUCAUCUUUAUUCUCCUUUAUUAUGCUCUACCAUAUUUAAUUGUUCUGAUUUGUGCUAUAAAAAUGAUUCGUUAUGUAAAUGCACAUACUGGAUAUGAUAAUAACAUGAAGAAAAUGCUGAAACAACUUACCUUUACUUUAAUUUUAUUGGUAUAAUUUAUUUUGGUAUACUUCCAUGAUUUCUCCUCAUUUCCGUUUUCUUCUUUUACUUUGGCUAAAAAAAAGAAGGAUAAAAGUUUAAAAAUAUCCGCUUAACCGGUUAAAUUUUCAAAAAGUCAGGUGCUACAUAGCCAAGGAUUGCUCUAAUAUUUUUACUAUUUUUAACUUUCAGGCUCUUGUUCCGCUCAUUUGCCUAGCAACAUCCGUUGUUCCCGCAAUCAUUUUUGGAGUGUUUUUUUCCACGAUAGUAGAUUCAUUGUUAUCCUAUUCGUUUCAUUUACAUUACAUACAAUAC